AUGAGUCUAGAAAUUGUACAAGAGGCAAACUGGGAGCUCUAUAACAAACAGAAAGCAGCCGAAGCAAUUCUGUAUGAGAAAGAGAAAGAAGCCCAGGCCCAAAAAGCCACGGCUGAGGCUACUUUCUAUGCCCUCCAACAACUCGCUGAUGGAGAAUUAUAUGCUAAACAAAAAGAAGCUGCAGGGCUUGUAGCGCUCGGACAAGCCCAAGGGGUUUAUAUAUGCAUGCUUUUGGACGCGUUGGGAGGGAAUUACAAUGCUCUUAGAGAUUACCUGAUGAUCAAUGGUGGGAUGUUUCAGGAGAUUACCAAGAUUAAUGGCGAGGCGGUUCGUAGGCUGCAGCAUAAAAUUAGUAUUUGGACUAAUGGUGGUGGCGGUGAGGGUGGUGCUAUGAAGGGGGUUGCGGUUGUUUAUAGGAUGUUGCCUCCAUUGUUUAAGACUGGUUAUAUAGUUCUCAACAGACCUUGGGCAUUUGUACAAUGGCUUCAACAAGCGAACAUCAAAGAAGACUACAUAUUGAUGGCCGAGCCAGAUCAUAUUAUUGUUAAGCCCAUACCAAACUUAUCAAGGGAUGGCCGUGGAGCCGCAUUCCCUUUCUUUUACAUUGAACCUCAAAAGUAUGAAUCUGUUCUCCGAAAAUUCUUUCCGAAGGAAAAGGGACCAAUAAGUAACAUUGAUCCAAUAGGAAAUUCUCCUGUCAUCAUUGGAAAGGAAUCUCUUAAAAAGAUAGCUCCAACUUGGAUGAAUGUUUCAUUGGCAAUGAAAAGGGACUCUGUAGCAAAUAAAGAGUUUGGUUGGGUCCUCAAGAUGUAUGCUUAUGCAGUUGCAUCUGCUCUGCAUAAUGUGGGUAACAUCUUGUACAAGGACUUCAUGAUUCAGCCUCCUUGGGAUACAGAGAUUGGCAACAAGUUCAUCGUUCAUUUUACUUAUGGAUGCGAUUAUGAUAUGAAAGGUAAGUUAACCUAUGGAAAGAUUGGAGAAUGGAGAUUUGACAAAAGAUCCUAUACUACUGCCUGGCCUCCAAAAAACCUUCCACUGUCCCCACCUGGUGUCCCUGAAAGUGUGGUUACUUUGGUGAAAAUGGUGAAUGAAGCCACAACUAACAUUCCUAACUGGGGAUCUUAAAGGAUAGACAUCAAGUAGAAACUGGCUAUAGACAGAGUCUUGUGUUGAGAGGAUGGUGAAUUUAUUCUUCUCU